AUUUGGCUAGCUGUCACCUCAUUCGGCUGCCUGCCCCCUGCCCCCUGCCCCCCCCUAGUACCGACUCCCGACCAGUCCUGACUUGUUGCCACGGUUUCAAGUGCAAAUGAGUUUGCCUUUGACGAACCUCAAAUGCCGCACCUGUUGCGAGCCGCGCCGCAAUAAAAACAGCCGGAUGAAAUUAAAUAUUUGUGCGGUGGCUUGAGUCAACCUUUCUCUGAUUGCUCAUACGCACUGUGGGCACGGAAAGGCUCAGGCUCAGGCUCAGGCACAGGCUCAGGCACUGGCUGAUGGACAGCCAAUAUAUGCUGUACUGCCAUUUAUUCUUACUGUUUGCUCAGUGGGCCUUUAACGGAAGGAUUCUGGCUGCAGGCAGCCACUCAUUUGAGAACCGAAAACCAUACAUUUUUCUAUAAAAUUCUCUAGGGUAUUUAAAGAAAAGCGACGCCUAUUCGCUCGUGUUUGGAAAAUGCUUUGAAGCUGAAACGCCAAUCUGUUGCCACUUGUCUGAACAGCGACGGGUCUCGCAAAAAGGAAAAAACAAUUGCUGCAAAUACUCGUACAAGUUCAAGUACAAUCGCCCGCUGUGAAGUGCCGCCCAUUGGCCGACGGCCCAAGCGGAAGUGUCGUUAGCGCCAUUUUGCCUUUAUUUACUCGAAAAUUUGUGCAGAAAUUCUCGCCUGAUGUGAGCACCAUUGGCUAAUGUGGCUAAUUUAGAGCCAACUCGAGACACUCUCAGCUCUGUCAGCUGGCCAGGGAGCCUUCGAUUUCAGCUGCUGCCAAUUGAGCUAAAGCGUUUAAUUAAAAAGUUUCCCCAGUCCAUGUCCCAUUUACCCUUUGUGGCGGGUCAGAGACUGUCGUCCUUUGCUAAUUCAAUGAGCAAACUGCAGCUGGGGCGCUUGUCCCAAUCGGGAUUCGGAGUUGACUUGACUUGGAACUGACAACGCCUCUACACCUGUUUCGGCCGGCAAUGGCCCAAUGAUUUACGGCUCUCGGCCUGGUGGAAAUUAAUUGAAAUUGAGCUUGUCGCGCGUCUCUCUCAGGCAUAGAACUGUUUAUUUCACACAGAGCUGUGAACUUAAUUGAACGUUUACCAUUUUGUGGUAAUAUAAUACCUAUAAAAUAAGCUGCACAAAGAAGUUUCUAUAAAACGAUCAAUUUGGCUUACAGAUUGUAAUUACGUGCAUAAGCUUCGACGUAUUUAAUUCGAGAAUUAUUCAUAUAACCCCCUCAUAGUAGAGUGCCAAUCGUCAGCCGCUUGAUGAAGGUGCAAAGGUACUCCUAAUCGUAGACUGGACUUUGAUGGGCUUUGGAGCUAUUAAGCCAUGCCUUGUGAACUGCUGCAGACUGCAGCCUGUUCAUCGUUUAGCUAUAUGCAUGUGCAAACUCUUACACUUCCAAGGAGAGCCAGGUGCUAAGUGCCACCGCCAUCACCUUAUCUGCCCGGCAUUUGAACACGGCAAAGACGCUGCUCCACUGAAGGCUCUGGGCGUUGAGGGGGCCGAGAGUUCGGUGCAGAAGCUCCUCGUCGAACUGUUACCCUAACCCUAAUUGAUUUCGGUUGACGAGCUUGCAAGUGUCGCUCAUGAAUUUCCCAUGGCAGGCGAUUGAUGAGCUUAUAAUCACGGCACGGUCGGGUAUAUAAAAGCCGCGCGACUUCAGUCCAGGUGCAACAAUCGAAAAUCUUGAGGAGUCAGGAUGGUGCUGCGUAAAAUCUUCCCGGCCAUGUACACGCUGUCGGAGGAGGCCCCGGCCUGCUCUCGGAAUGGGACUCUCUACUUGCUGCGCUGCAUCUUUCUAAUGGGAGUGCGAAAGCCACCGGCUCGAUUCUACGUAGCCUACUGCCUGUGGGCUAUCGUCAUGAACCUCAGCUCGACGUUCUACCAGCCCAUCGCCUUUCUGACUGGGUACAUCAGCCAUCUGUCUGAACUCUCCGCGGGGGAGUUACUCACCUCCCUUCAGGUGUCCUUUAACGCUUGGGCCUGUUCCGCCAAGGUGCUGAUCGUUUGGGCGCUCGUCAAGCACUUCGACGAUGCCAACAACAUUUUGGACGAAAUGGACAGGCGCCUCACCCAACCCAGCGAACGCCUCCGAGUCCAUCAGGCCGUUUCCAAGAGCAACCGAAUCUUCUUCAUCUUCAUGACCGUCUACAUGGCGUAUGCCACCAACACGUGCCUCACUGCCAUCGUGAUGGGGAAACCGCUGUACCAGAACUACUAUCCGUACCUGGACUGGCGCUCCAGCUCGUUGCAGCUGGGUCUGCAGACGGGCUUAGAGUACUUUGCCAUGGCCGGUGCCUGCCUACAGGACGUGUGUGUGGACUGUUAUCCCGUCAACUUUGUGCUCGUGCUCCGUGCCCACAUGUCCAUUUUUGCGGACCGACUGAGACACUUGGGCAGGGACCCUGAGGAGAGCCCCGAGCAGCGCUACGAGCAACUAAUUCAGUGCAUCCAGGACCACAAGACCAUUCUGCGUUUCGUGGAUUGUUUGCGUCCCGUGAUUUCGGGCACCAUUUUUGUGCAGUUCCUCGUUGUGGGCCUGGUCCUUGGUUUGACGCUCAUCAACAUUGUGCUUUUUGCCAAUCUGGGAUCGGCCAUUGCUGCCCUGUUCUUCAUGGCAGCCGUUCUGCUGGAGACCACUCCGUUCUGCAUUCUCUGCAACUACCUCACAGACGACUGCUACAACCUGGCGGACGCCCUAUUCGAGUCGAAUUGGAUCGAUGGCGAGCAGCGCUACAAGAAGACGCUCAUGUACUUCCUGCAGAAGCUCCAGCAGCCCAUCAAGUUCAUGGCCAUGAACGCUUUUCCCAUUUCCGUGGGCACCAACAUUAUUGUCACCAAGUUUUCGUUCUCAGUCUUUACGCUGGUCAAGCAAAUGAAUAUUGCGGAGAAGCUGGCCAAGGUCGAAGGGGAACCCGAUUACAAUUAAUAAGUGAAAUUUAAACGCGAAUAUUUGUCUAGCAAACGCAGAGCAGACAGCAAGCACUCGACGUAAUAUUGAAGGAUUUUGAAGUAACUUUAUCCUCUUCAGUGGAGAAAGGUUUCCUGCUUCAAACGAAAGCAGAGAAAAGAGAGACGAAAGCACAGCGCUGUUUCCCGCACACAGACAUGAUUGAAAUUGUAGAUACCUUUGGGUGGACAAUGCUGCUUGGAAGGACACUCAUUCCCAAAGGUUCGGGCAGCACUCUGGCCAUGCACUAUACAAAUUUACUAGAACUAAAAAAACCUUUUACGAGCUGUAUUUUUUUUUAGCCCACAAUGGCUCCACUGCGUAAAUAGAAUAAAAUAUAAUUACACU